GCCUGUUAAGAAGCCUGCUUGGUGAGAGGGGGCGUUGAUUGGCCAGGGGCUUCCAGGGGCUGGAUCACCUUGCAGCAAGAAUGCAUGCAGUAGUCAGCCCAACGGACAACCAGAGAAGGCUGCAACCAUUUUCCAUUCAAAUACAUCUCAUCCUUACUCUGCUCUCAAACCCUUUCGUAAUGCUCUAACUGUUCAUCAGAAUCUGGUCUACGAAAUCUUUUGCCAGCCACGCUGCUAAAAAUGGAAGGCUACCCUCAACUCGCCAGCCUUAUGGGCACAUACCCAAUCCUGAGCAUCUAUCGGCGCUUCUCCGUCCUUAACGCCCGCAACCUUCUUUAUUUGCAGGCCGAACUUGUAGAUCUCGAACAGCAGUUGAAAGACUAUACUUUAGAAGAUAUCCAGUCCGGGGAUAGGGAACGGAAGCUGCACGCGCGAAACUGGUAUUUCCUGAGCCGAGUUCCAGAUGGCGGCGUGUCAUGUGCUCAGUGGUAUACCAUGCUUGCCAUCAGGGGGAAAUUAAAGGAGUACAACGAGUGCCUCCUGCAGCAGCGGCAACUCGCCGCCUUCUCGGCCCCCGAUCCCGGCAACCUCGCCUUCCUCAACUCCUGGCUCGCCGACCCCCGUCAAGGAAACCACACCCUCGAAGGCCUCGGCGGGAACCUCUGGCGCGACGACCCGAAGGACCUGCUCGUCGUUGCCCCCAACUUGGUCAACGAUUCCUUCGCGCGGCUCGUGCAGAAUCGCCUGCUGCAAUACUACCACAACAUCAUCAAUGUGCGGUUCAAAGCUCCUUCGGAUGUGGAGAGGCAGCUGUAUCAUUACCAAGAGGAGACGGUGCUGCGACUAGCGGACACGAUCGGGACGGUCGUUUCGGCGCUCUUGCCGAUCCUGGCUGUCGUUGUGCUAUACUGCGUGCAGAACAUGUGGGCGCGGCUAGGUCUCGUGGCGUUGUUCACGGUGCUGUUCUCGCUGGUGUUGAGUUGGGUGGCGACGGGGAAGAGGAUUGAGGUUUUUGCUGCUACUGCUGCGUUCGCGAGUGUACAAGUCGUGUUUGUGGGAAGCACUGCGGUUUAGUGCAUUUUAUGGCUGUGGUUUGAAGGUUGAAGAGAUGUGAUGAUUCUGCUAAAGGAGUAAGUUUAAAAGGGGUUUGAAAGUAAGCUUUAGUAUAAAGAAAGGUACGAACAUUGCGUUGAACUGCCUAGCAGUAUGCAGUGAUGGUGACGCAUUAAUUUGAUACGAACUGUGG